AUGAAGACAAAAUUAUUUUCAAGACACUCUUACACUGGUAAAGAGAAGUUUCUGAACGUCACAACGAGCUGUAGUUCACCCAGAUCCCAAACGGUCCCUCAAGAUGACCAGAAAGAGGAAGUCUACACCGUUUCGAAUUCUUCAGGAGAAUCCCAUGCCAUUACGACCAGUUCUACUUUCCCUGAGACUUCAGCUUCUUCCACAGACAUGGACCGAUCAGGAGGUAGACCGGACAGCGAGGGAGGGUCCAAUGAUGAAGACCUGUACUCUGAUAAGCCUCGGAAGAUUCGGAGGAGCAGGACAACUUUCACAACCUUUCAGCUCCACCAGUUGGAGCGUGCUUUUGAAAAAACUCAAUAUCCUGACGUCUUUACCCGCGAGGAGUUGGCCAUGCGCUUGGAUCUCAGUGAAGCACGUGUUCAGGUUUGGUUUCAGAACCGACGAGCCAAGUGGAGAAAACGGGAGAAGGCUUUGGGUCGUGAAAGUCCUACAUACAGCCCAGGAAUGGAAUCUUUACUGUCCCCUCGUGGAGACCUUCAGGGGCUACUACAUCCAACUCACGUCUUUUCGGGGACAACUGUUCCUGGAACGGAUCCUUUGUGGGGACACGGGCUUCAUGGCCCCAUCGUUUCCUCGACCAUCGGAGGGCUUCCUAGUCAUAUAGGCCUAAACCAUCUGUUCUCAGCCAGCAACGGGGCUGCUAGUCCGGGAGUCGGGACAGGUCUGCCGGGUGUGCCAUGGCAUAAGUCUAGCACUGUCAGUCCACUCAGUUCGGCUCUUCUCUCCGUUUACAUGCUGAGCUCGGCAGGUCUGCCUGGUCAGCACGGGCAUACAGUUCCGGCAAACUCCGUCGGUAUCUUGCCUCCUUCUUUCCAUCAGCUUGGCCCUCUUUCCGUCAGCAAGACAGCUGACAUGGCUCAAACAAGCCUGGAUCUGUUGCGGCUGAAGGCCCGACAACAUGGCGAAGAACACGGCCAGGCGCGUCUUCCUUCUCUAGCUUUGGCUGAUACGAACUCCACUUCUAAAUCUUGAAUAUGUUUAUUCUUCAUCAAAAACCUUAACGUGUGAUUAUGUAUUCUGUGUCGUUUUUCCUUCAGUUGUAGCAAUUUUCAAUGGAACUUACUAAACUAGAGUGUAUUAAUUAGAAUGUAAUCUUAAAGCCACGUGCACUUAAAAUAAAUUGAUACAAAUAGCAUAAGUUUUAUAACUGUCCUACAUACCAAAACCUUGAAGUCAGCGGUGAUUUUUUAAAUAAGAAAUUCUAAGAAUGAAUUUCUUUUGUUUACAAAUUAGGUGUUCUUAUUUCACUUGGUUUACUUGUGGUUAAUAAAUUCUGCCGGUCCGUUAUUGGAUCUAAUUAUAGGGAAAAUGGCGUUCAUAAACAUUACAUCAGUCGAUUCAUGUUUUUAUUUUAGGGGGGGGGGAGAUUAACAAGUACACACUGUUAGAAAUACUGGUAAGUGAGAUAUAACAUGUUCUGUUUUACCAACCAGUAAAAGAAAAAAAAAUGACCCAUGUCACUCAUACUUCCCUAAGAUGUAUCUUAACACCAACUCAUACUUCCCUCUUAACACCAAUAUUACGUUCUACUUUAAAAUUCGAGCUUUGUGUUUUUCUAAAGUCAAUAAGGAAAGUAUAGACUAGAGAUUCCUGCGUGAAUGGCUUGCUAGAGUCUCUUGGUAUCAAGAUAGUGAACUUGCAAUGUUAUAAAUAUACGAGACAUACAGGCUCUUCAAUAAAUUCUUAUGAAACUGUGCUGACAGUUUAUUGUUUGUUUGUCAUUAAAUAAGUAUUGUUUUAAAAGAUGUUCCUUAUUUUGCAACUCUAUAAGAAUGCUAGGACACUAUUUCUACCACCAUCUAGCUCCUGAUGAAAGCACUGUAGGUUUGCAUUAGACAACGAGAAGACAAGCUUGCAUGGUUAUUAACAUUCAUAGCUGCACCUAAGUAAGAAAAGCAAGAGGCUGAUAGUAAAAUGAGUACAAACAAGUGAAGAUUUAACUGCAGGUUCACUCAUAAAAUUAUGAAUCCGUCAAUAUAAGUACCUGCUCCGUUUUAGGUCUAAGGUCAAAGCAAAUACAUUCGUCUUAUCAUGCUAUGUCGCAAUGUAUUUGUGUGAUACUGGUUUCUAGGCAACAGGGUUUUCUAGGCAACUGGUUUGUAGUGACUUUAGUUUGUGAAUUCGACAUGAUUUUACCAGACUCUGAAUUUCCACCGAGCUGCUAAUGAGAUAUAUGUAUUAAUCAGCUUUAUAGUUUGUUUGUUCUUGUAAUUAGUAUAUUACACAAAACAUCUACUAAUGUAUUUCUCGAAGUAAUCACGUGAUCAGUCCUCGCUGUUAUUACGUACUUGUGCUUUAUUCAUUAAAGACUUCAUUUUUCACUGUGCGUUCUUUUUCGAGCCAGUGUUUUUCAUAUUUCAUAGUGUGUACAUAUUCAUAAACACUGAUAUAUCCAAUAGCCAUGAUACUCUAAACAGUAAUAUAAGUCUUUCAAUGGCUAUAAAGCCACAAACAUUUUCUAACUCGCUGGGUAAAUAUUUCUUCUUUCAAUUUUCACAUAUUUUUUUCUUUGCAUUUCUCCGAGUCUGUAACUUCAUAUUUAUCAAGCUAUCAAGCAUAAGAAGUACGAAAACUAGCUUAUGAAAAAUGUUAAAAUAUUUUAGAGCUAAUAGGUUAUUAUUGUCACUCUGUCGUAUAUAUAGUUCAAAAUUUUUAUCAACAUUAAAAUAAAAACAAAUUUAAGAAUUCGAAGCACAUCUGUGUAGGCCUGAUGUUUUUAAAAGCUAUUAAACUGACUGGUAGUCUAUAGAGCUGUAUUUGGUGUUGCUGAUUUUAUAGUGUGAAUAUUUGAACAUAGGUUUGUAUAUAUUUGUCUUGAUGCAUAAUGACUUGUAUGUUAAAUCACACUUAAAAAUUCAACCUAACUUACGUAUCCCUGAAAGUAUGACACAUUAAAAAAUAUAUUCAUUGUAUAGAAUUUAAUGCUAAAUCCAGAUAAAGUGUACAGAGCAGUCGUUUGACGUCACGUACAUAUAACAAGCCAUAUUCGUACAUAUUCGUUCUCUUUUCCGAAAAAGAAGCCCCCCCCCAGUGGCACAGCGGUCUGUCUGCGGACUUAGAACG